GCUGAUGACUUCUAAAUCACGGCAUUUAACGAACACAACGAAGCGUGAAGUCGUUUUCAGCUGACCAAUGGGAUACCUGCAACUGCAAGUGACGUAUUUGGUAGGAAAAUUAGUGAAUAUGUCGAGUGAGAAUAAAAAGGAUACAGAAGAGAGUGAAUCAUCUGUAUCUGAGGAUGAAUCAAAAUCUCAAUCACACGGAUCUGAGGAUAAGUCAAAAUCUGGAUCGGAGGAUAAGUCAAAGUCUGGAUCAGAGGAUGAGUCAAAAUCUGGAUCUGAGGAUGGGACGAAAUCUGGAUCAUUUCUUGACGUUACAGUGGACUUGGACGAAACUGUGACCGAGCCCGAAGAUAAUGACUAUACAGGAGCCCUUGCUAGAGUAGACAUUUCACAUGAUGAUCUUUUUUUUCCUAGUUCGCCUAUUGGUAAUCCGACGCAGGAAACACAGCAAGAAUUGGAUAGACAUUCUCAAAACAAAUAUCAGUUUUUGGAAAAUUUUUAUAACGAGAAUUAUAAAAAAUUGAAUGAUUUUGAAAUGAUGCGCUCUUUUUUGACGGACAUAAUGAUAGAAAAUAUGCCAGAUUUGAUGCAUGGAAUUGAAAGUCCCCGUUUGAUUGGUGAAGGAAUCAAGUUUAUUAUUGAUGAUCUUAAGCAAAGAUUUAACAAGUACAAAAUUACAAUUUUUGAUGAUGAAGAAAGAGAACUUAGUAAUGAAGAAAUAAUGGGAAAAAUUAAAAAUCUUGGAAAAAAGGCAAAUUCUCUUUUUACCUGGUAUGCAACAGAAAUGACGAAAAUUAAUGAAGAAAAUUUUAUUCUCAAAGAUCAAAAUGCAAAAUUGAAAGCUUAUGUCCAUUCUUUGCAAAAGAGUAAUGAAGAAGAUGAAUCUGGUGGUCUUUAUACUGGGGAAAAAUUGCGGAGAUUUUUGUACAUGUCAAAGAGAGAGAACCAGGAAUUGAACGAAGUUUUGAAUCAAGUGAAGGACUAUAAUUCACAAUUGUGGCUACUAAAUGCUGAAUUAAGAAAAGAUCUUGUUACUGGCAUCGCAGAAAAGCAGAUAUUAGCUGCGCAACUUGCUCAAGUUCUAGAUGUAAAAAAAAUGUUCCAUGAAGCUGUUGUAUCCGUGUUGGAAAAAGAUGAAGAUUCUGCAGAGAAGCCAUCGAAAGAUUCUUGCCGUGAUAUGCUUCAGAAAUGGAUUCAUGCAAUGGAAGAUACUUUUGCAGAAACUGGAGAAAGAUUGCACCAAACUCUCUCGAAACUUGACCAAAUCAGAGAUGACGCAACACAGAAAGAGACUGAAAUUAUGGAGGUCAAGGAGCAAUUCGAGGAGCUAGAUCAUCAGAUAGAUCUACUUAAUCAGACUUUGUAUAUGAAAAAAGUGAAUUCAAGGGAAUUAGAAACAACAAUUAAGUACAUGAGUCAAAGAAUACAAAUAGACAACAAAUAUAGUGAGGAUCUCAGAAAAAUUUAUGAAGAAUAUAAAAAACUCCAUCAUGUGUAUAUGGGGCGUCACAGAAACUUAAGUUCAACUACAGAUUCCCCUGUUUCAUCGGAAGAAAUGUCUACAAGCCAUCCCAGUACAACUGGUUCAAGUGCUUCAAGCUCAAAAAGUCAUUAUUCUGGUGUCUCACAUCAGGUGCCAGAUUUUGACAUGGAUUUUCCUAGUCAAGCAGAUAGGCCUGGAUUUGACGAUUCCAGAGCCUAUAGACCUCAGCAGUCUUCACAGGGUUCCUAUCACUCACCAAUAAUAAAAGGUCCUAUACAGCAAAGAGGUGCUUAUGGAACUCUUGAAUCACCUGUAAUUAAACCCCGGUAUAUUGCUCAUGACACACCGGUCCCUACAAGUGAAACCCGUGCAUAUGGAUCUGAAGAUUUCAGAACGUAUGAUCUUCUUGGCAGAGCGAGUCCUUAUGCCGAGGAACAUUAUAAAAAACAAAGAACAUCAAGCCGAUUUAGGCCAGAAGAAGCGGUUGAUGCUGAUUUUUCCCCAUCACCAAUGAUAAAGGGUUACGUAGAUCCUGGUACACCGAGUUCUGAUUUCACCCCAUCACCAAUAAUAAAAGGUUACGUAGAUCCUGGUACACCAAGUACUGGUAGUUGGAAAGCUAGACAUAGAACAACGGAAUCACCUAAUACUCUCGUCAAAUCUAUGCUCCUUAGCAGCCCAGGAAGGAAAAAUCCACUGAAGGUUGACGUUGAAGUAGAUCCUAAACCUCUCAGAAAAACAGCCAGUGGAGAUCAUUUCAUGUGUGACAUUUCUGUUAAUAUGCAAGACGUAAAUAAACGGUUGCCAUGGAGAGAAACAACACCUUAUCGAAGGAGGAAAAUGGCUAAAACUUAUCGUUAUUCACCACCACCACUUACAGUUGCGAAGUCUAGACGUCCACGUGGUAUAUAUACUCCAAAAACUGCGUUUCGUAGACAAAUGAUUGGCAGAAGAGAUCUUUUUGGAGAAGGAUAUCAGAGCCCCGAACCUCCGCAUGGAUCUGGAAGAUGGCAUGAUCCUAAUGAAUAUGAUCUACAAGGAUGGGAAAGACCAGAACGCAGGUUAGAUCAGUCUAUACCAUGGGAAUCACCUAUCAUCAAACCGAGAUACACGCAGUCUCCUCAAUCAGGUUCAACAUUACGUGGAUCCAGCCCUAGAAAACCAGAUGCGUUAGAUUGGAGCCCAUUCAGUUUUGGGAGUCCUGGUGCUACUCCUUAUUAUCAAUCUGAUAGGUUAUCUGAACCAACAAGAAAAACGAAAUUUGUUUCUCCAUCUGGAAGACCGAUGCGAAUUUUCCGACCGGAAACCCCUCGCUCAUUACAGUGACUCAAUUUUCGUUAAAAAGAAUUUUUAUUCCAUGUAAAUGUAUAAUAAUA